AGUCCUCGCUCUCUCUCUCUCUCUCUCUUUCCCCCUCUUUCAGUCUCUGUGCAGCAGCAACAAUGGCGGAAAAGGGGGUUUUACUUUGUUUUAUUUGUGCUCUCUGCUUCUCUUCUGCUAUUUCUCGAAGCCUACUAGAUGGGUCCAAAACCACAGUCCUUGACGUCUCCGCUUCGAUUCAGAAAACCCUAGAUGUUCUCUCAUUUGACCCUGAAAGUGAAACCCUUCAAGAGCUCAAGCAAUCAUCAUCAUCAUCAUCUUCGUUCACUCUGCAAUUACAGUCACGAGAUGUUAUUCACAAAUCUACCCACAAAGACUACAAAAGCUUAUUCUUAGCACGACUCGAGCGUGACUCAGCCCGAGUCAAAUCCCUCAACGCCAAGCUAGAUCUGUCUGUUCGAGGCAUUAAGAAGUCGGAUCUGAAGCCGGUGGAAACAGAAGGGUAUGAAGCUAAAGUAGAAGAUCUAGCAAGUCCGAUCGUCUCCGGAAUAAGUCAGGGAAGUGGCGAGUACUUCUCCCGAGUCGGAAUCGGUCGUCCAGCGAAAUCUCAGUAUUUGGUCAUCGACACAGGCAGCGAUGUCAGUUGGGUGCAAUGCGCACCUUGCAGUGAUUGCUACGACCAAGCUGAUCCGAUAUACGAGCCCUCCUCGUCGUCUUCUUACGCUUCCCUCACUUGCGACACCCAACAGUGCAGAUCGCUCGACGUAUCGGCGUGUCGUAACGGGUCGUGCCUUUACCAGGUUUCUUACGGUGACGGGUCUUUCACCGUCGGCGAUUUCGUGUCUGAGUCGUUGUCGCUCGGUAACUCGGGUUCCGUCAACAAUAUCGCUCUCGGCUGCGGCCAUGACAACGAGGGCUUGUUCGUUGGCGCUGCCGGGUUGCUUGGUCUCGGUGGUGGAUCGCUCUCGUUUCCGAGUCAAAUCAAAGCGUCUUCGCUCUCCUACUGCCUCGUCGACCGGGACUCAAGCUCGUCGUCGACUCUCGACUUCAACUCGCCCGACCCGGCUGACGCCGUUACAGCUCCGUUACUCCGUAACCGCCAGGUUGACACGUUUUACUACGUGGGCUUAAGCGGCCUUAGUGUCGGUGGUCAGAUGCUAUCGAUCCCACCGUCGUCAUUCGAGAUGGACGAAUCUGGCAACGGAGGAGUAAUCGUUGACUCCGGAACGGCAGUGACUCGGUUGCAAACCGAUGUGUACAACUCACUCCGAGACGCUUUUGUGAAGGGGACCUCUGGGUUACCGUCUGCAAGCGGAGUGGCGUUGUUUGACACUUGUUACGAUCUAUCGUCGAAGAAAAGCGUUGACGUGCCAACGGUUGCUUUCCAUUUCCCCGGUGGAAAAUCACUGUCGUUACCGGCGAAGAAUUACUUGGUGCCGGUAGACUCUUCUGGAAUAUUUUGCUUUGCUUUUGCACCGACAUCGUCGGCGAUGUCGAUACUCGGAAACAUCCAGCAGCAGGGGACACGUGUCGGAUUCAACCUUCCCAACUCAGUUGUUGCUUUCUCGCCUAAUAAGUGCUAGUAAAUUACG